AUGUGCAGGUUGGUUUGUAGUUUGAUCUCUACAGUACUAUAGAGAUCUAUUUAAAAAUUCAAAUUUUUUUCAGGCGCAGACAAUUUUGGACAAUGCAAUUAUUGGUAAGUUUAUUGAUUUUUUUUGAAUUGAAAAUAGAAAAAAGUGGCACUUGAAACUUUUAAAAAAGUACAAAAAUCGAAGAAUUUUUCGAAUAAAAGGUCGUGGUUUUCAAAAUUUCAAAGUAGUCGCGCCUAGAAAUUUAUGCCAAGUAGCCGCGCCUAGAAAUCAUAUGAUUCUCUAGGGCUGGCGCUUAGUGAUCCAUUCUGACAAGGCUCCGCACCUUGAGAGCUUCUUUGUCAAGUACUCGAGCCUAGAAAACCUAUUUGUCUAGGAACGGUGACUAGCCAAAUCUCAAGUAGCGUCUAAACUUCUAAUCUUUCAGGCCAGCCUUAUAUUUCAUGUGAACGUGAUCGAAUUGUAGUGGAAGUUGUCACCGAGCGAACUUUUACUGGAAAAAUAUUUGUGAAAGGCGAUUACUCGAAUCCAACAUGCUCCAAAAUAUUCAAAAACGGGAUUCCUUUUCAAUCAAACUCAAAAAUAUCUGAACCCUUUUUGGGUACAGUAACCCGAUCAAAAGAGCCCAUUGAAUCCACAUUUCCAAUUGGUGAAGCUCGUAUAUCUCCACCUCCAGAAGUAGAAAAUCAAAACCAGAACAAAUCUCGAUGGAGUUCGGUGGGCGGAGCGAGUUCUGGAUUUAGUGGAGCUUUUGGUGGAAGUCGCGGAGAGGAGAAGCUGAAGAUUUUUGGCAAACCGGAAUUUGAAGAUCAAGGGAAAGCGAAAACCAAGGCUGAAACUUUGAGGUGAGACGUGGAUUUUUUUGAGGGGAGGAAAACAAAUAUUGUGGGAGGAUUUUGAAAUACAUUUUUUAGAAAAACUACCUUCGAAAAUUAAAAAAAUGAAAAAUUUUCUAGUAAAAAAAAACAGAAAAAAAGUUUGCCUCGAAGCGGGAUCGAACCCAUGACCCAAAAAUUGAAAGACGUGCGUGUUAACCACUAGGCUACGCGAUCCUGUUUUUCUUGCCCUGUUUUUUUAAUCUUGAAAAACGAUUUCUGAAAUAAUAUCUGAAAUUUUCCGAAUAAUUUUUGUGAAAAAAAAUUCAGCAUAUAUUUAAGCGAAAAAUUUUUCGAUGCUGAAAAUUUAAAUUCUGAAAAUGAAAAUUGAACUUCAGUCUCUUAAAAAAGUUAAAAUUUAAAAUUUCUGAAAUAUUUUCAAUAAUUUUUCCAGAUCCACAUCAACCUGUCCCCCAUGCGAACCUUGCAAAUGCGCCGACGACAAACGAUCACGCCGUGCCACAAAUUCAAUCCGCCUCGAAGUUCCUCUCGAUUCCUGCAACUCGAAACGCGAUCGAAAGGUGGGUACCAGGUUUUUGAGAUGAUCCAAUUAUUUAUUAUUAUUUUCCUCCCCCAAGGACAUUUCAGUAAUUAUUGUAUUUUCUAAUUUUAUUUUGGCUGCCUGCCUUCCGAGGAGAUUUUCAAGGAAAAAAAUCAAAAAUAAAUUUCGAGAAUUUUUUGCAGCUCAAUCCACCGUCUGUUGUCGUCUCAUUUGUUGCCAUCGUUUCAUUUCACGAUAGUUUCAUCACCAAACUUGACAAAGCCUAUCAUAUUCAAUGCGCGUAUGCGGAAGCGGAAAAAAUUGUGUCGACAGAUUUGGAUGUUGGGUAGGUUCAGGGAAAUUUAAUCAGGGCUGAUUCACAAACGAAAAAAAUGUUAAAAAAUGUUGUUUUUUAACAUUGAAAAUUGAAUUCACGAAAAAUCAAAAAGGUCAAAAUUAGUUUUUCGAGUUUUUCCAGCAAAAAUGAUGACAAAUCAAUAUUUUUCAAGCUUCUGGAGUGAUUUAUAAUGAAAAUGAGCUUCGAGAACCCUAUUUUGCUUUAUUUUAUGAAUUUUUUCGAAAUUGGUCAAAAUUUGAAAUUUUUCGUUUUACGAAAAAUCAGCAAAAACUUCUGAAGGUCAAUUUUUAUCAGAAAUCACCCAAGAAGCUUCAAAAAUCCCGAUUUGUCAUCAUUUUUGGCUGAAAAACUUGACUUUUCGUGAAUUGAUCUUUCGAUGUUAAAAAACAUUUUUUAAUUUUUUCGUUCGUGAAUCAGUCCUAUCGGCUUCAAGAUUUUUUUUGUGAAGUUCUGAGAGCCAUUGAAAAUUCUGAAAGUUAGAAAAACUUCAUUUAAAUUAUUCAACACACUGAGCAUCUGUUAAAAUCGCCCCAUCUUCGCUAAAAGCCAAAGUGACAGAUUUUUCGAAACCCUCAUUUUUGAUAACAACACCAUUCUCAACCGCAUUAACCACAUUAACUCGGUCAACAACACUUUUCAAAACAUCGAUCGCUUCUUCUCCAGUAAAACCCUUGUCAUCACAAGUAAUUCGGAAAUCAGGAGCGAGGAAUUUUUUGAUUUCUGAUUUGGAAGCGGCGACGAUUGGAAUCAAAUAUUGCGAUCCUUUCGCAAUGUCCAGAGCAUUUUUAUUUAGAGCUGGAGAAGAUGAGGCGAUGGCGAAAAUCAGAGGGAGAAUGAGAAUGAACAUUUUUUCUUGGUUGAGAGAGGCUCAGUGGGAACUUUUGAAGCAGAUUUUCUGGCGUGGGAAAUCAUAAAGUCUAAGAACCAGACUUGGUUUUUUGAACAAACCAAAUUUGUUUUGCAAAAAAAAAAUUCAGAAAAGAAACAUGUCAGAUCUGAAUAAAAAUAUUUAAAUGUUGAAAAAAAAACAUAAACUUCAGAAAAAAGGAAAAUAUAUAUUACCACGCGCUCCACCGAAAUAAACACGCAACGCAGACCGCGCCGCGCUACAACACACAAAAAUUCCCUCCCUUUUUUGUGUGUGUGUUGUGGCGCGGCGCGGUCUGCGUUGCGUUUUUAUUUCGGUGGAGCGCGUGGUACCGAUAAUAUGUGGUCGAAAUAUUUUGGUGGCCGAGAAAUCGUAUUCGGCCAGACGCGCUCUUAUGCUGCAAAAAAUCUCUUCCAGAAUGCUCGACGACACGGAUCUCUCAGUCACCACAGAUGCUCCAACUUGCGACUAUCUAAUCACCGACGAAAAAGGCCUGGCCGUCAAAAAUGGCCUCGUCGGCGAACUCGUCAAUCACAAAUGGACGUGUGGCGGUGGAAUGUCGGCCAAGCUCAAAAUUCUCGUCCACGAUUGUUUUGUCAAAGAUGGCGGUGGGCAACAAUUUCAAGUCAUCGAUGAGAAUGGGUAGGCUACUGACUCUUACGGCUAAUUUCUGAAAAAAAAAAUUUUUUAGCUGCACUUUGGACCAAAUCAUGUUGCAAACUCCAACCUAUUCUGAUGAUGGAUUGACCGCCCAAGUAAAUGCCUAUAUUUUCAAGUUUCCUGAUAAGUCUACCGUGGAUUUUCGAUGCAGUAUCACUUUUUGCUCCAUUGAUGAUAAUGAAUGUCACACAAUGACGGUAAGUUUUGUUGUCUUUGAAAUUUUAGCCUAGGGAAAAAUGUGCUAGCUAAGCGCAGCAGGUAAGCGGAUAGCCUCGCAAGCAACGCUAUCGGGUUCGAACCCAGCUCGCUGCAAAAUUUUUUUUAAUUUUUAUAUUUUCAGCCUCCCCGCUGCGAUCCGGACCAACAAUUCCUCCGGCGUAAACGAAGUUCCACCUCUAAAAAACCAUCAGUCUCUCUACAUGCAAAUUCGUUGACAGUUUUUGAUAUGGAUAUGAUGAGCUCAAGCUCAGAACCAGAAGUUUUCCCACCGGAAUCUCUACUACUUUCCCAAAACCAAAUCGAUAUUCAGCCGUCAGAUUUUUGCAUUUCUGUCGCCAGUUUCGGAAUUCUCAUCUCGGCCUCCACAUUUUUCGCAACAAUCUCGUUUGCAAUCAUUUUUUCCUAUGUCUUUUUGCGAUUCAACCGAAAAAUUUACAUGUGA